AUGGCGGACCACAUUUCGCUCAAGGUAAAGCUCGAUGAGGACAUCAGGCGGUUCAGCGUUCCCAAGGGGAUCACCUUUGCCGAGCUGCACAGCCUCGUUUCCAAGCACUUCGUGCUCGCACCCGAAAACGUGCAGCUCAAAUACAUCGACGACGAGGAAGAGCUUAUCACCCUCGGUUCGGACCUUGAGCUUCAAGAAGCAAAGCGCCUGCAGCCCACGGUGCUGCGCCUCAACGUUUACGACGCCAAGUCGAAGCGGCAUACUUCCGAUCAGCCCACCGCCCAGUACGAGGCUGUCUUCGUCCGAGAUGUGACCGUGCCCGACGGCACCAACGUAACCGCGAAGGUCAAGUUCCAGAAGACGUGGUCUGUCAAGAACACGAGCUCCGCACCCUGGCCCAAGGGCGUGGUCUUGAAGAUGGUCGACCCCAAGGACGACCAGCUGGUCGUGCUCGGCGUAGGCGCCAUCAACCGUGUGGUCGGCCCCGGCGAGGAAACCGAGAUCGGCGUGCACCUGCAGGCGCCCUCGCGCCCGGGGCGCUGCGUCCAGUACUGGCGCCUUUUCACCGAGGAUGGCGUGGCCUUUGGCAGCCGUCUGUGGGUGGACAUCACCGUGACCCAGGACAACGCGGCCGUCGAAAGGGAGCGCUUGGAGCGGAUGCGCCUGGAAGAGGAGGAACGAUGCUUGGCCGAGGCCAUGGCCAUGGCCGAGGCUCAGGCUAUGGCUGAGGCCGAGAGGGCUAAGGCUAUGGCCGAGGCCGAGGAAGAGGAACGCCGCCGCUAUGAGGAGGCAAGGAGACUUGCCGAGGAGGAGGAAUUUAGGAGGAGGCAAGAGGAAGAAGACGCGAAGAGGAAGCAGCAGCAGGAGGAAGAGGAGAGACAGCGCCGCGAGGAAGAGGAGAGGUUGGCGCAGCUCGAGAGGCAACUCGCCAAGGAGGAGGCGGAGCUCAGGCAAAAGCUCGAGCAGGAGGAGUGCGAGAAGAGGAUGAAGCAGGAGGCGGAGGCCGAGGCGCUGAGGAUGAAGCAAGAGAUGGAAAAGGAGAUGCUGAGGCAGAAGGAGGCCGCGAGGCUGCAAGAAGAGGCCGAGGAGAAGCAGAGGCGUCUGUACAGCAAGUACCCCGGUCAGCUCAACGCCUUGGCCGAGAUGGGGUUCACCAACGUGGAGCACAACGUGAAGCUGCUCGACAAGCACAAGGGCAGCCUCGACCUGGCCCUCGAAGCUCUUCUCUCUGGUCAGUGA